AUGAACCCUACCAUGCUCGAAGCCAGCGAUGAUUUGACAAAUCUUUCCCAUCUCAACGAGCCUGCCGUUCUGCAGGCCAUUCGCCUUCGAUACCUCCAAAAAGAGAUCUACACAUACUCCGGUAUUGUGCUGAUAGCAACCAACCCCUUUGCUCGCGUCGAUUCCCUCUACGUACCUGGCAUGGUGCAAGUAUAUGCCGGGAAGCAGAGAGCCACACAAGCUCCUCACCUGUUUGCCAUUGCUGAGGAAGCUUUCAUGGACAUGCUGCGCGACAACAAGAACCAGACCAUCGUCGUGUCUGGUGAGUCCGGUGCUGGUAAAACUGUCAGCGCCAAGUACAUCAUGCGAUACUUCGCGACAAGACAUCCAUCAGACAGCCCGGGAUCGAGGGCAAAGAAGGGCCCAGAGGCGAUGAGCAAGACCGAAGAGGCUAUCCUGGCCACCAACCCCAUCAUGGAAGCCUUCGGUAACGCCAAGACGACGAGAAACGACAACUCCUCGCGGUUCGGAAAGUACAUUGAAAUCAUGUUCGACAAGGAAACAAAUAUUAUCGGAGCUAAGAUCAGGACAUAUUUGCUGGAACGGUCGAGAUUGGUCUUCCAGCCGCUCAAGGAGAGGAAUUAUCACAUUUUCUACCAGCUCGUAGCCGGUGUGACGGACAAGGAGCGCCAGGAGCUGGGUCUGCUGCCUAUUGAGCAGUUUGACUACCUCAACCAGGGCAACACCCCGACGAUUGACGGCGUGGACGACAAGGCGGAAUUCAAGGCGACGAAGCAGUCGCUGACGACGAUUGGUGUGAGUGAGGGCGAGCAGGCCGAGAUCUUUAAGCUGCUUGCUGGUUUGCUCCACCUCGGCAACGUCAAGAUCGGGGCGUCCAGGACGGAAAGCGUGCUCGCUGCGACGGAGCCAUCGUUGGUCAAGGCUUGCGAGAUUCUCGGUAUUGAUGCCCCCGAGUUUGCCAAGUGGAUUGUCAAGAAGCAGCUUGUCACUCGUGGCGAGAAGAUCACUUCGAACCUGUCGCAAGCUCAGGCUAUCGUUGUCAGGGAUUCCGUGGCCAAGUUCAUCUACUCUAGCUUGUUCGACUGGCUGGUGGAGAUUAUAAACAGGAGCUUGGCGACCGAGGAGGUUCUCAGCAGGGUCAAGUCGUUUAUCGGUGUGCUCGAUAUUUACGGUUUCGAACAUUUCGCCAAGAACUCGUUUGAGCAGUUCUGCAUCAACUAUGCCAACGAGAAGCUGCAGCAAGAGUUCAACCAGCACGUCUUCAAGCUUGAGCAGGAGGAGUAUCUUAGGGAGAAGAUCGACUGGACCUUUAUUGAUUUCGCGGAUAACCAGCCCUGUAUCGAUUUGAUUGAGGGCAAGCUCGGUAUUCUUUCUCUCCUUGAUGAAGAAUCCAGGCUGCCUAUGGGAUCUGAUGAGCAGUUUGUCACCAAGCUCCACCACAACUAUGCUGCCGACAAGCACAAGUUCUACAAGAAGCCAAGGUUCGGCAAGUCGUCUUUCACCGUCUGCCACUAUGCCAUCGACGUCACGUAUGAGUCGGACGGUUUCAUAGAAAAGAACCGUGACACGGUUCCCGACGAACACAUGGCGGUACUGCGCGCGUCGACCAAUGCGUUCCUCGGCCAGGUGUUGGAUGCCGCGUCGGCGGUGCGGGAGAAGGACCUCGCCCAGGCAAGCUCUAAUGCGGUGAAGCCGGCGGCCGGUAGGAGAAUUGGCGUCGCCGUCAACCGCAAGCCCACUCUGGGAGGCAUCUUCAAGUCCUCGCUGAUCGAGCUCAUGACCACCAUCAACAGCACUGAUGUGCACUACAUCAGAUGUAUCAAGCCCAACGAGGCCAAGGAGGCGUGGAAGUUUGAGGGCCCCAUGGUUCUCAGCCAGCUCCGCGCCUGCGGUGUUCUCGAAACAGUCCGUAUUAGUUGUGCGGGUUACCCCACGAGGUGGACGUAUGAGGAGUUUGCGCUGCGGUACUACAUGUUGGUGCCGUCGCAGCAAUGGACCUCGGAAAUUAGGCAGAUGGCCGAUGCCAUCCUGACCAAGGCCCUCGGCGCCAACAAGGUGGCCCCGGGUAUGGACAAGUACCAGAUGGGUCUGACCAAGAUCUUCUUCAGGGCGGGUAUGCUUGCCUUUUUGGAGAACCUGAGGACGACCCGUCUCAACGACUGCGCCAUUCUCAUUCAAAAGAACCUCAAGGCCAAGUACUACCGCAAGAAGUAUCUUGCUGCCAGGGGUGCCAUUGUCAGCUUCCAGGCUCUCUUCCGGGGCUACAGGGCCCGCAAGGAGGCUCAGGAGCUGCGGACGAUCAGGGCUGCGGUUACCAUCCAAAAGAACUGGCGUGGUUUCAAGCAGAGGAGAGAGUUCCUCGUUAUCCGCAACGAUGUCAUUCGCGCUCAGGCCGCUAUUAAGGGUUAUCUGCGCCGCAAGGAGAUCAUGGAGACCCGGGUUGGCAACGCUGUUCUUAUCAUUCAGCGCAACUGGCGCUCGAGACAACAGCUUCGUGCCUGGAGAGACUACCGCCGCAAGAUUGUCAUUGUGCAGAGCUUGUGGCGUGGCAAGACUGCUCGGAAGGAGUACAAGGUUGUCCGUGCCGAGGCUCGUGACUUGAAGCAGAUCUCUUACAAGCUGGAGAACAAGGUCGUUGAGUUGACGCAGUCUUUGGGUACCAUGAAGGCGCAGAACAAGGAGUUGAAGGUGCAGGUGGAGAACUAUGAAGGGCAGGUUGCCAUUUGGAGAAAUAGGCACAAUGCUCUGGAGGCUAGGACGAAGGAGCUGCAGACUGAGGCCAACCAGGCUGGUAUUGCGGCUGCUCGUCUGGAGGCUAUGGAGGCGGAGAUGAAGAAGCUGCAGACUAGCUUUGAGGAGUCGACGGCGAAUGUGAAGAGGAUGCAAGAGGAGGAGCGACAACUUCGGGAGAGCCUCCGCGCUACCAACGAGGAGCUUGAGGCUGCGCGCCAGCAGAGCGAGCAGUCCGAGGUUGAGAAGAACUCGCUCAGGCAACAGAUUGCUGAGCUUCAAGAGGCACUGGAGCAGGCUAGAAGAGCUGCUCCCGUCAACGGCGAGCUUGUCAACGGGAACGGACCGGCGUCUGCUGCGCCGGCCGGUCUCAUCAAUCUGGUGUCGUCCAAGAAGCCCAAGAGACGGAGUGCGGGUGCAGAGCCUCGCGAGAUGGAUAGGUACAGCAUGGCCUACAACCCCCGCCCUGUCUCCAUGGCUGUUCCUGGCAUGAACCGCCAGACUACUCUUUCCGGUUCGACAUUUAUUCCCGGUAUUGAUAGCAUCGAGAUGGAGUUGGAAGGUCUCCUUGCCGAUGAGGAGGGCCUGAACCAGGAGGUCACCAUUGGCCUUAUUCGCAACCUCAAGAUCCCUUCGCCAUCCAGCAACCCUGCCCCUACCGACAAGGAGGUCCUUUUCCCUUCGUAUCUCAUCAACUUGGUGACGUCCGAGAUGUGGAACAACGGCUUCGUCAAGGAGUCGGAGCGGUUCCUUGCCAACGUCAUGCAGUCGAUUCAGCAGGAGGUGAUGAACCACGACGACGAGGAGGCUAUCAACCCCGGUGCGUUCUGGCUCUCCAACGUCCACGAGAUGCUGUCUUUUGUCUUCCUCGCCGAGGACUGGUACGAGGCCCAAAAGACGGACAACUACGAGUAUGACCGCCUGUUGGAGAUUGUCAAGCACGAUCUCGAGAGUCUCGAGUUCAACAUUUACCACACCUGGAUGAAGGUACUCAAGAAGAAGCUUAACAAGAUGAUUGUGCCCGCCAUCAUCGAGUCGCAGUCCCUGCCGGGCUUCGUCACGAACGAAAACAACAGGUUCCUUGGCAAGCUUUUGCAGGGCAACUCUGCUCCCGCGUACAGCAUGGAUAACUUGCUGUCGCUUCUUAACAGCGUCUUCCGCGCCAUGAAGGCUUACUACCUUGAGGAUUCCAUCAUUACCCAGACCAUCACCGAGCUGCUCAGGCUUGUUGGCGUGACGGCGUUCAACGAUCUGCUCAUGCGCCGCAACUUCCUCUCUUGGAAGCGUGGUCUGCAGAUCAACUACAACAUCACCCGUAUCGAGGAGUGGUGCAAGAGCCACGACAUGCCCGAGGGGACGCUCCAGCUGGAGCACUUGAUGCAGGCGACCAAGCUGUUGCAGCUCAAGAAGGCGACGCUCAACGACAUCGAGAUCAUUCAGGACAUUUGCUGGAUGCUGUCGCCCAACCAGAUCCAGAAGCUGCUGAACCAGUACCUGGUGGCGGAUUACGAGCAGCCGAUCAAUGGCGAGAUUAUGAAGGCGGUGGCGUCGAGGGUGACGGAGAAGAGCGAUGUGUUGCUGCUGCAGGCUGUCGAUAUGGACGACAGCGGGCCGUAUGAGAUUGCGGAGCCGAGAGUGAUUACUGCUUUGGAGACUUAUACGCCGUCUUGGCUCCAAACCCCACGGUUGAAGCGCCUGGCCGAGAUUGUCUCCCAGCAGGCUAUUGCCCAGCAGGAGAAGCUCGAGUUUGGGUCGCAGGCGGGCGACUUUGACACGCACAGCAUGAAUGAUCUUCAGGAGAUGGAGGAGGGCCCGGGAUCGAUACAGGCGAGCGCCUAG